GCCACACAGACUAACACGGAAGGUCAGUCUUGUAAAACUAAAGUGGCACGUUCUUGACAUAGGCCGGUCAAAGCGUCACUAGAAGACAUCAGGUGUCUGCUGAUGGGUCAUACAUUUUUAACCUACCAUUGACAUGAUAAUUAAUAUGAUAAGAUCCUUAAAUGGUAUUUUCCAAAUCAGCUAUUUACUUUUUUAGGGAAUAUAUUCAACAUGAACACACAGGCCCGAAUUCCACUAGGUUAGCUAUAAAGGAGUCUGGGACAAAGACACGUCUGCUUUGUGUCCAGCUGGUGAAAGCUCAGCUCAAUACCAUCCAAGGUGAGGAUGGCAUCCACGGCAGACCGACUGGCCCGGCAGCAGGAGAGGGAACGAGGCAUCGGCACCAAAAAGCAUGCAGUGAAGUUCUCCCAGCAGGAUUAUGAAUCUCUGCGGAAGCAGUGUCUGGCGAGUGGACGUCUGUUUGAGGACAACUGCUUUCCAGCUGAAAGGAAAUCCCUGGGCUACAAUGAACUGGGACCAUACUCAUCCAAGACAAGGAGUGUGGUCUGGAAGAGACCCACGGAGCUGUGUUCCUACCCAAAGUUCAUCGAUGAUGGAGCCACGAGGACGGAUAUUUGCCAAGGAGCUCUGGGUGACUGCUGGCUUCUGGCCGCAUUAGCAUCUCUGACCCUUGACCACCGGAUCCUGGCCCGUGUGGUGCCUCCUGGACAGAGUUUCACUGAAGAUUAUGCCGGGAUAUUUCACUUCCAGUUCUGGCAGUUUGGUGAGUGGGUGGACGUGGUGAUCGAUGACCGUUUGCCCACCAGAGAUGGCAAGUUGCUGUUUGUCCACUCGGCGGAGGGCUCAGAGUUUUGGAGCGCGCUGCUGGAGAAGGCCUAUGCUAAGGUGAAUGGCUGCUACGAGGCUCUGUCAGGUGGAAGCACUGUUGAAGGUUUUGAGGACUUCACAGGAGGAAUCGCAGAAAUAUACACCUUGGACAAGCCUCCACCACAGCUCUUCCAAAUCAUACGCAGGGCCCUGAGCCUGGGCUCACUGAUCGGCAGCGCUAUUGAUAUAACAAGUGCCCGUGAGACAGAGGCGGUCACAGCUCUCAAACUUGUGAAAGGUCAUGCCUACUCAGUGACUGGUGCAGAAGAGGUGCAUUUUCGAGGCAGACUGGUUCAGCUGGUCCGCAUCAGGAACCCGUGGGGUCAGGUGGAGUGGACAGGGCCUUGGAGUGAUGGAUCCAGUGAAUGGAACUACAUCGCUAAAGAUGAGAAAUCCAACUUGAACCACGUGGCAGAUGACGGAGAGUUCUGGAUGUCCUACUCAGAUUUCAUCAGGCACUUCUCCAAGCUGGAGAUCUGUAAUUUGACCCCGGACACACUCAUGAGCGAUAACGUGGGCCACUGGAACCACUACCAGUUUGAAGGGAUGUGGAGGGUCGGCUCCACUGCCGGCGGCUGCCGCAAUAACCCAGCCACGUUCUCGUCCAACCCUCAGUUUGUGGUGCGUCUGGACGAUGUGGAUGACGAUCCUCUGGAUGGCGAGGAUGGAUGCACCUUUCUGGUGGGGCUGAUGCAAAGGAAUGGACGACAGCAGAAGAGGCUUAACCGCAACUUUGAGACCAUUGGCUUCGCCAUUUAUGAGGUCCCAGAUGAGUACAAAGGCCGCAGCAAUGUUCAUCUAGGUCCGGAUGUUCUGCUGCGACAAAGAGCGGUGGCCAUGAGCAGCACCUUCAUCAACACACGAGAAGUGUGUGACCGCUUCAGGCUUCCUCCUGGGGAAUACGCCGUUGUUCCCUCAACCUUCAGCCCUCACAAGAACGGCAGCUUCGUUCUCAGGGUGUUCUCGGAGAAAGAGGCUGCGACCAGUCCACUAGAGGAGGACAUUGAUGCUAAGAUAGAGGAGGAGGAGAUAUCUGAGAGUGAUGUGGAUCCUCAUUUCAAGCAACUCUUCAAGCAGAUUGCUGGCAAUGACAUGGAGGUAUCGACCUUUGAGCUGGUUACAAUUUUGAACAAUGUCGUCUCUCACCGGUCUGACAUCAAGACAGAUGGAUUCAGCCUUGAGACGGGUCGGCUUAUUGUCAGUCUGCUGGAUAAAGAUGAAAGUUCCAUGUUGGGACUGAUGGAAUUCCACUUGCUUUGGUGCAAAAUCCAGAAAUAUCUGGAGAUCUUCAAGAAUCAUGACACGGACAACUCUGGCACCAUGAGCUCCCACGAGAUGAGAGGCGCCACCACUGAAGCAGGUUUCCAUGUCAACAGUGCGGUGCUGCAGGCCAUAGUCAGUCGUUAUGCUGACGCUCAGUACGCCAUAGACUUUGACAGUUUCGUGGGCUGUCUCAUUAAACUGGAAAUGCUCUUCAAAAUGUUCAAGUCGCUGGAAAGAGACGACUCAGCGAAGAUUGAGCUGGACAUGCAACAGUGGCUGUGCCUGGCGAUCUACUAGCUCAUGAGAGGACCCCGACAUCAGCAGGAAGACAAAGUCCACACAGUUAACAAAAGAUUACAUUUGAUUACAUAUUAUUAUUGUUGAAGUAACCCCAAUGAGAAGUCACUUCAUGUCCACUCUAUUUGUUAGAAAUGCUUAAAAUGGUGAACAUUUAUUGGUAAAUUUGAAUGCUAUUUUCUGAUCAAUUUUGGAGAAGUUUAAUCACACGUUUUCUUUCCAAUUUUUUAAAAUACUGUAACUUUCCAUUUUUUUCUUUUCCAUUUGUGUUUUUUCUCCUUUAGCUGUUGUUUGAACCUGCGUGAAAUCAUAGAAAAUAAAAAACAAAGAAACCAUG